AUGCCCUACAGCGGCCACGGCGGCCUCGACGAUAAGGCGCGCAAACGCGAAGGAAGUCAGUUCGGUAGCGGAGCUCUGAGGUUCCGGACGCAUCGUCACCCAGCGGUCACCCGUUUCCUGUGCAACACGCGGCGCGACGCGGCGCGUACGCAGCCUGGUUGUCCUUUGCCGUCCGAUCGAGAAGAAGCGUUUCCUGCGCCUGUUCCGACUGUUGUCCCAGCAUCACCUUUCAGUGCAUCUGAAGAUGCUGAAGCUUUGAAAGGAUCAAUGAAAGGUCUAGGUACUGAUGAAGAGGUAAUAAUAGGUAUUUUGACUCAACGUACAAACGCCCAGCGUCAAGAAAUAGCGAAUGUUUACGCUGAAGAAUAUGGAAGCGACAUUAUUGAAGAUUUGAAGGGGGAGUUGGGAGGACAUUUUGAAGAUGUAAUUGUUGCUCUAAUGAGACCCCCAGCAGAUUAUUUGUGCAAACAACUGAAUAAAGCCAUGGAAGGUGCAGGGACAGAUGAGAAUACUCUCAUUGAAAUUAUCUGCAGCAAAACCAACGAAGAAAUAAAAGACAUUGUUGAAGCAUAUGAACGCUUAUAUGAACGCCCUUUGGCAGAACAUAUGUGCAGUGAGACAUCAGGUGACCUCCGGCGCUUGCUGACUCUUAUAGUAACGGGAGUAAGAGACGAUUAUUCUGUGGAUCCUGAGAAAGCUAGAGAAGCUGCUGUGGAACUGCAUGAAUCAGGUGAAUUUAAAAUAGGAACAGAUGAAGCAGUAUUCAAUAGAAUAUUGGCUCAUGAAAGCUUCCCCCAACUUAAACUGAUCUUUGAAGCUUACAAAGAAGUAUCUGGUCGCACAAUUGAACAAGCAUUGCGAGAUGAAAUUUCGGGAGAGUUACUAGAAGCUUUGCUGGCAAUAGUGGAGAACGUCCAACAUCCUCCAAAUUACUUUGCAAAACGGAUACACAAUGCAGUAUUUGGAGCUGGUACUGAUGACAAAACCCUGAUAAGAAUUAUUGUAAGCAGAAGUGAAGUUGAUUUGGGAAGUAUAAAAAAAGAAUUUGAAAAGCUUUACGAUAAAACUUUGGAAAGUGUUAUCGAGGGUGAAACAGCUGGUGACUAUAAACGAGCUUUAAUUGCUCUGAUUGGUGGACCAUGAAUAAAUACAAGAUGUCAAGUUAUAUUCUGGGUCUAAGGCUUCAAUUAUGAAGGAACAUAACUGAUGAAAAUAAAUAUCUGAAGAUAGAGAAGAAUUGUGUACUUCAUAAUAUAAUUUUUAAAUGAUAUUUCUUAUGCAUUCCUUGUUAGCUUGAUAGAAACAUAUUUUAAAAAUGAGGAAAAGUAUCUAGUUCUGAAACAAAUCUCCACUGGUCAUGAACAUCACUAAAUAAAUGUUGUACACAUUUAAUAAUUUUAAACAGUUUACAUGCUUAUUAUUAAUAAUGUAUGUAAAUUUUUUUCUGUCCAAAAAAAAAAUUUUGACAAUAGAAAAUCAUUGUGUAUACAAAUAAAUUUGAAUUUACUUACAGCUUUUAAGUAUAUUAUCCAAAGAGAUCUUUUAGAGGAAUAGAAUUAAGUCUGAAAUAUCACCAAUGACAACAAAAUAGAUGUUUUCCUGUUGUACUAUAGAAGUGUUGUAAAGAGCAAGUCAUUUUUAUAAAUAGAAUGAAAAGUUGCUGAUAAAUUUAUUGUGCCUUUACAUUACCUUAAUUGCUUGCAACAGCUGCCAAUAUGCACUGAAACAAUAAAAGGACUGAAGGUUUACUGCUUUUAUAUUUUGUUGCUUGAUUUGUUUUAUAAAUAUUUUUAUUAUACAAUUGUCAUGUUGUUAUUGACACAAAAUUCAAAAGAAUGUAAAAUUAAUAAAAUUGAGAAACAUUAAAACUAUAAUUAUUUUUCCUUUAAUAAUUUGAUAAUCAUUGUUCUUGUGAUGUAGUAGUUUUGUUUGUUUUAACCUCCAUGGGACAACAUACUCCUGCAACAUUGUUUAAUUCACAGAAAUAUUUGAGAAAAAUAUUAUAGUUGUCUUUGAAUUCUUCUAGUACACAAGAAGACAAAGGUUGACAUGAGCCAUUUCCCUUGUUAGGGGUUGAACAGGCUUCUGAUUUUAAAUCUUUUAAUUCCUCUAAAUUAUCAGCAUCAAGUAGAUAUGUUUGCGUUUGGGAUUUAUUAUCAAAAAUAAUUUUUAUACGUCCUGACGAGUCCAGAUAUUGCGACAACCAACUGACAUCGGUUAAUUUCAAAACCGUUUG